AAUCUCUCGAUUCUUAGUGGCGAUGCAUAUUUCGCCAAUUCAGAUCACUUGUAAUGAAAGCUAAGACAUUGGUCGAAGCAUCGUGAACCAUUCUUUUAUUCGGCAUCCACACUGCCCACACAGAAGUGGCAUGAUUUAAUACAUUACGACUUUUCUGUGUUGGUUGGUAUCGCUUUCUACCGUCCCCGUGGCGUUUUUCCACUAAUAUAAUACACACAAAGCGCAAAAAAUUCUAGUAAAUGCAGUUUAUACACACGCGGAUUUAGCUAGCGUAAUAACAAUUUAGAUAGUUGGUGAUCCACAGAGACACGAGUGUUUUAAAUUGUCUUAUUUUUAAACUGAGUUUGGCCCUAUCUGUCUCCAAACAUGGCAGCACGUAUCAACAGCAAAGGAACAACAAUGCAAUAUGCCAUGAAAGAGACCAACCGCUAGUCAUGACAGUGUAUAUGGCUGUGUCAUGUGCACACUUUGUGAUACAACAUUAUUCUGAGAUUACUCAGAGGGUAACAGUGCUGGAGAAAAAUAACCACAGGGGGGCAGUAUUUUCUACAACAAACGUUUGUUCCCCUCACAUCACUUCCAUGGUCGAGGAAACUCAGGCGGAAGUCAACAGAGAACAGCCUGUUGUGUUGUGUUACUGUGCGGAGCUACAAGAAUGGCGGAUGAGGACGAGGAGCCUGGCUUCGAUGAGGAGUUGGAGGACGGGUCCAGCGGAGUGGAUGUCGGCCACGGGAAGAGAAAGAGGCUUUUCUCCAAGGAGCUCCGGUGCAUGAUGUACGGAUUUGGAGAUGACCAGAACCCGUAUACGGAGUCUGUGGACAUUCUGGAGGACCUGGUGAUCGAGUUUAUCACGGAAAUGACACACAAAGCCAUGUCAAUCGGACGCCAGGGCCGUGUCCAGGUGGAGGACAUCGUUUUCCUCAUCCGGAAGGACCCCAGGAAGUUCGCCAGAGUCAAAGACCUACUGACCAUGAACGAAGAGCUGAAGAGAGCCCGGAAAGCUUUCGACGAAGCAAAUUAUGGCUCAUAACCACAUUUUUAACCUAUAUCUGUAGUAGUUUUCCAUUUCAUUUUAAUUGCUGUUUAAUUGAAUUGUUAAUUCUCAGACGUGUGUUCUUGAGGAGUUUGUUCAGAUGUGACUUGCUGUCCCAAGUCUGUUUUUUGCGACGUGCUGUUUAUUAUUUUAUAUAGUGGUAUGGCAGUGUCAGCGUGUUGUGCACAACCCUGAUGACAUGCUGUCUGGGACUGUCUCAAUAAAGAAACUUACAUAUUUGUUAAAUAUGCCCAGUCAUAAGUGUUAAUUUUAAUGCCAGAAUACCGAGACUGUUAAGAACAUCUGGACAGUGACAUUUAUUACUCAACAUCACAAGCACAAAUUAACACAAACACAGGCUGCAAAAUUGCAUUAUCAUACUGCACUCACGGUUGGAUAACGGCCAACUCACUUUUAGUUGCAUCACCUAACCUCAGCUCUCAAAAUUUUACAUGUACCCCAGAAAGUGUGCAGCCAGUGUCUACCUCAGUUUAGCACAGCGUUAUAGGCUGUAAUGAUAACUAAGGUUGUAGCCAUAAUUCAACUGACUGAAAAUGAAUUGCCAACUAUUUUGAUCAUUUUUAGUGUAUUUUAUUAUAUGAACAUCACAGUACCAUUCAAAUUGUACAUUGAUGCACAAGAACCAGAUGAGCUGUGUUUAGUCUUGGUAGUGAAAUGCUUAUUUGCAACAUCUGUCCACAGGAGGCUUUCUAAAAGUUAAAAUAGUUGAUGCAGAACAACCACAGCUCCUACCAGCAUAGUCUUGGCAAGGUGCUGCCAACAUCAGUAAGUUAAAACUUGUAGAAAACGAUAUCUGCACACUUAAAUCUGUUCAGUGUUUCACUUUCUUCUGAGCUUUUGGUCUGUCAGAGCUUCACCAGAGCAUACAUGAAUCAACAAUGGACAGGCAGGUAAAAGCUUUAACCACCAGGGUUGUGCACAGGUGGGUUGCAUACUGCCAGUGAUUAGACUGGGAUUGGUUUCAUUUACCUGCCUGUCCAUUGAAGUGAAGUGUAAGAAAGUUUUGUGUAAUGCAAUGCAACACUUGCCUUGUGUUGAGGCCUGUAUGUUGACUCUGCUGGUGUGUUGAUGUCUUCCAACAAAUUCAUUACGCAGAGAUGGAGCAUGACCAUAGAGACAUUUAAAAAUAAGCUUUGGGUUAAAAUAGUUCAUGAAGCUUUUGAAGCUGAACAUAUUGUAUUUUUUCAAGAUGUGGCAGUGCUCUUUUUUGUCCAUAAUUUUUAUUGUCUGGUCAUACAAUCAUAUGAUAGGUUUUAUAGUUGAUUCAAAGGCUUGUGACCAGGUGCAGCAUGAUAUGAUAGAUGUGAGAUUAUCACGGCAUGCACAUAAAGCUGGGCUGUACUGACGGGCAAACAUUGUCUGACAAGUCUGAAGCAGUUAAGAUUUGCAUUAACUUUUUUGAUUAAUUUUUAAAAAAAUAAAAAAAGGCUAAACUUUCUAGUUCCAGCUUUUUCAGUGUAAAUUCUUGCUGUUUAGUCUGCUAUAAUUGCAAACAUAAUUUGGAGGUUUCGAGAGUUAGACAAAGCAGGACAGUUAAAGGUGUCACACUUUGACUAUGGAAAAGUGACGAAAUAUUUUACUAUUUUCUGACAUUUUAUAGACAAUAUGAUUCAUUGAUUAAUCUGAAAAACAAUCUGCUUAACAUUUGAUACUGAAAAUAGCCAUUAGUUGCAGAUCUUACAGUAACAUUGGAAAUUAUUUGUGAAAGCAGAUUGUACUAUUUGUGCUGAGAAUUUCACAUGCUUAAACCCUUAUUAAACUACAUGAUGACAUUGUUAAACCACAGUCAGGGACCUAGCCAGGGCCUUACAAAAAUACAAACACAAACAAAAAAUAAAAAAGUGUGAUAAAAUAAAA